AUGCCAAAGGGAAGGAAAUCACAAAAGAUAGAGAAAGUGUUUGAGUCAGAUUCUGAACAUACUGAGAAAGAAAUUGAGAGGCCUGAGGUGAGCGAACCUGAGUUGAUACAGUCGGAGGGUGUAGCAUCAAACAAAGAGGAUAAAAAUUACUCGACCGAGGAGAGCGGAGAGUUUGAAAAUGAAGGGAGUGGCCAACAAAUACCAGGUGAAUUACGCCAUGUAUUUACCAACAAGUUCAUUCAUGUCAGCUCCACACAGACAUCACGUACAGAAACCAGUAAUAUGAAGGUGGAUCUCCUUAGCUACAAUGCCAAACAUGCAGAGUAUAGAAUUAUGCCACGUUAUAAAGUCAAGUCAGAAGGAGAUAUUGUCCAAGUAGAGGAUCAGAUUGUCCUGGAGAGUGUGAAGACAGCUGGGCAGUACCUCAGCGUUAGCAGGUCACAUUUCAGUGCCAACCAUGUCUACUCUGGCUGUCAUGAGUUGAACCUGUCUGUACGUCACUCUGGUUUUACUGUAUACAGACAUCUAAAGCCUGGUCCAGAGAAUGAAGACAGACUCCUGCCUGGUGCUCCCAUUCAGCUCUUCCAUAAAGACAUAGAAGCCUAUCUUGUAGCCGAGGGAUCAUUUGAUGAGGCGCUGGUAGAGGAUGUUCAUUUACGAGUACGACAGCUCAAUCAGAACAAUCCUCGGACCCUCUAUCCUUCUUCCUCUGCCCUUACAUACUGGCAGGUUGAGGCUGCGGAAAGCGUUAUUAAAGGUGGGGUAUUGAAGUGGGAGCAGCAGUGCCGUCUGAAGCACAUGGUCACUAGGAAGUACCUGACAGUGGACAGCAACAUGAAGGUCACCCUGACCUCCGACACCGAUCGCAGGACCAUAUUUCGGUUACAUCCAGUUAUUAAGGAAGCAGACUCCAUAGACUAUGGUACUUACUGCAGAAUAGAACAGGUGGUUACGGGAUACUGGCUUCACGCUGAACCUGAUGAAUAUGUGAGACAAGACGACAGAGUGGGUUCCCAGGGUGAUGAUACGUCUAUGGAGGGACUGAAAUGGACAUUGGCCAGCCUGAGAAAGGUGUCUGUAGAAAAAGAAAUGCAGUACAAUGAUGCGUUCACCAUACAAAAAGUGGCCCCAGACCUGGUGGAAAACUUCAACUGCAUGGCGGGCAUGGUGCCUUUUCUACAGAACUUGAUCAAACAGAAAAAAGCUGGUCAGAAUUUAACAGCCAAACAAGCCCAAGACAUCAAAGCUUCCUUGAAAGAGAUGUCCAACUUCAUGUUUCUGAACAGUGAACCCAGUAAGAAAAGGCAGAAACUGCUCAGAAAUCUUCGUAUUGUAGAGCUGCUGGUCAAAGUGUUGCUGAUACCAUAUGUAGGCAGUAAUGACAAAAGAUAUCUUAUAGACAUUUUCAUAGAAGCCUAUGACGUAAUGAGAGCUUACCUGGUUGGAGAUAGUAGGAAGAAUGAGCUGUACAUUGCCAAACAUAUUCCUUUUUUCCUGGACAGAAUAGAACAGUCUCAGCACACAAGAGACUCCCAUGAAGAAAUGGUCAGUUUACAUGCUGCCUACAUGGUCACUGAGCUGAUCAGAGACAACAGGAAGAUAGUGGACAGGAUGACCACUGCCCACAUUGACAAGUUUAUGAAUUUGUUGAAAACUAAGAAGAACUACCGUUACCUGGAGUUACUUAGUGUCCUCUGUGUUUGUAACAACAUUGCCAUUCCUAAGAACCAGACCUAUAUCACAGAUGUCUGGCUGAAGGACAACCAAAAGAAUUGUGUGUACCUGACAGAAAUGGGUGAGAACAUUAAGCAGGAACCAGGGGUGGUGUACGUCAAAGUGGACCACAGGUCACAGUGGGUCAAGUUACUGGACUUUGCCAAAAAGUAUGAGGCCGAAAUGAAAGCCAAAAGUGCUGCCCAGGAUAUCAAUGAAGCCUUGGAUACCAUAUCUUUGGCUUCAGAGCGUCCAGGAUCUCAGUUGCUGAAUGUCCCAGGACGUUCUGGCUCUCAGAUGGGGAGAGUUGGAGCAGCGAGGGGUGCACAGUCAAAGGGUAUAGUUAAACAGAAAAGCUCAGUUGAGGAAGAAUACCGUUACCUGGAACAUCAGCUGGAUUUAUUUGAAAAUCUUUGCCAUGGUCGUAACGAAGUAGCCAUUAAAACCAUCACUCAGUUUGUGACAUGGCAGCAAGUUUACAGCUGUCUUCAGGAUAAGGAACUCCCGGAUGCUCUGAAGGCCAUCUAUGUAUCACUGAUCAUAGUUCUUUUUGUUGACAUUGGGGAGAAUAUAUCUGUUUUGGACCAUGUGACCUUGACCUUUGCCUUUGAGGAUAUUCAUGACAGCACGCCAAGGACUGAUCGCAACAUGUCCGGAGGCGCCACUGUUCCCCGUGAUCCGACCACAGAGCAAGUGUUUCCACAUCUGAAGAUUUGGAUUGAGUUGUUUCUUCAGCAGAACACAGACAUGACUGCCUCAGAGAUAGGGCACAACCAGCUGGUGAUGCAGGUACUUCGGCUCAUCUACCACCUGGUAAAGUACAGUUUCUAUGAGAAGUUGAGUGACAUCAAGAAGCUGCUGGGGCCAUUACUGAGUCUGCUAGAUGGAACCAAUGAUAAACCUGACUUGGAGACUACAGGCAAGACAGUGGAGGAAAUGAAAGCCUUGCAGUGGUACAGACAACAUGGCAGAUACAAGGAGAAUGCUCAGACUAAGGCAGUGGUGGAUGCUAAACAUCAAGCCAUGCAAGUUAUGGACUUAUUUUUCAACUUGCGUUUCAACAUCCGCCUGGAGCGUUUUGUCCAGAUGUUCAAAGUGGUCCACAAACAGGUGCACGGCACGGCACUGGGGAGUGGGCAGGAUACCUGGGCGGCACUGGCCCCCUUGCUGGAGGGGGAGUUUGAUAUCACCAAUGACCAGGACCCAAGAGUGGACAGUACGAUGAAGGUGGCGCUAAGAGAGCUAGAGGCCAUGUUUGAAGAGUCAGCAUUCUUUAGAUAUGCAUUUGAAGAUUUUGAAGAGCUCAGGGGCAAGUCUCUCAAGGACCUGUUGCUGGAUUUGUCCCACUAUGAGUAUGACAAGAUGGUGACCCAGUCCCUGUACUUGCUGACCAGGUAUUUCUCAGCACAUGAUAACUUGUUCAAGAGGGCAGUCCAGGCACAGGUGGUGAUCACAGACAACUCUGUGAGAGUCCUGCGAGACCUGCAGAGCAAGCUUCCCUUAAUGCGCCGCCUGAUCCACUCCAAGAUGAACGACGCCCAGAUUCAGACCAUGUGUUCUAUCCUGGACCAGCUGAAAGAGUACUGCUGUCUGCCUGAAGAUCCGGCUCAGCCCCAUGGGAUUAACCAGGAUAUUCUGUACAAUCAAGCCAUUCUAGAGGACAUGUUCGACAUCUUGGCAAAAGAAUUUGAUGUCAGUCUUGUGGAGCAGUACCGUGGCCUACAGCAGGUGUUUCAGAAGGCUCUAGGACUGCUGACUGUGAUGGCGCGGGGUAACGCCAGCGUCCAGGAGAGGCUGUUCAACCGUCUGGACGUGUUGCUGAAUGUGAAGGGGGCUGAACAGGAGUUGGGAGAGGCUUUGGCUGAGGUAUUCACAGGUAACAAGAUGACAUGCAUGAGGAUAAUGCCGCACCAGGUGAAGCGUGUGAUGGAACUAGUGGCGCAGCACCACCUAGAUGUGCCGCAGUUCUUAGACCUGCUGAAUGCCGUCGUCAAGGUCGAAGAGCUGGACCUGCCACUCAAACGUAACCAAGGUUACGUCAUGAAAUAUUUUAUGGAGUACCGCACGGAUGUGGCAGCCAUUGUGGAUAAACACAAAGACAGAUGUGUGGCCCUACUGACAGGAGAAAGGAACAAGGAAAUGAUCUACUUGCUGGCUCUGGUAGAUUUACUGGCUACAUGCUCUGAGGGUGAGAAUCGAUUCAUUGAGUCCAUCUGCCAGACCAUCUUCAGCGUGAAUGAGCUUCUGGACAUAAUAACUGACCCCAAGAUCAAUAAUCAUCGCAGGCGGCCAUAUUUGAGGUUUCUGCUCUGGGUCUAUGUGAACACUGCCAGCAGUCUGAUUGAGAUUGGAGCAGGGGACCUGCCACAUGACAAGAGAGUUUGGGACUUCAUGAAAAACCUUACUCUAGAGAUGGAAAAGGUGACUGAAUAUGUGAAGGAAAAUCAGACCAAAGCCAAGCAUCAGCUGGAAUUGGGCCCAAGUAGAAAAGACGAGUUUGUAGAGUACUAUCAUGGCACCUUACAUUACUUCAUCGAGGCUGUCUUCCCGUUCCUUCAAAUCUUCUUCCGCCAGGUUUACGCCCCAGAGCCAGAAGACGAGAAACAUCAGCAAGAACCAGAGAUUGUGGACAAACUUGCUACUGCUCUAGUGGCAUUCGUUGAUGUGUUAGGGGGCUUGAUGAGCAACGAAAUCCACUUACAACGCAUGAUUGCCUGUGCCAGUGCAGUAUUACCCAUGUCUACAGUAGAUCCAGAGGUGAUGCGUGAAUUCCAAGAGCAGUAUGGGGCAGGUGCUUCAGGGUCCAAAGUCCAAAACAAAGCCAAAGAGAACUAUAUCAGGGAAUACCAGGGUGAGGAAGACCUCAAUAUCCAGCUUAAUAUAUUUGCGCAGAACUUCAGCAUGGUGUACGGAGGCUUCAAUGACGUCAAGUCACAGAUUGGGUUCCCAAGUGAUGAAGACUACACAGAUGUGGGUGGGGAUGAGGAGCUCCCCCUGGGGAAUGAGUUCCAGAUGAUGGUGAAGUGUUUUGAGAAUACUCAGGAAGACUUGCAGCCUGCGCAGAGAUAUAUACUGACUAGUAAACUGCUGGAACAGCUUAGAAUCUCGUCCAAGUCGACACUGUCCAUGGAGUCGGAGCGCAUGGCCCAGGAAGUGCUGGACGUGAAGUGCUUGCAGAUAAUGCGUGCUCUGAUACACAACCAGGUGGUGAAGUUACCCCAGGACUGGCAGAGCAACUUCCAUAAACGGAAAGUAAAGAGAUCUAUCCAAAGGCUCCAUGAUGUCCAGACAGCAUUGAAUGACUUUGAAACUCCACACAUUACAAUGUCUCUCCUGGCCAAACCUGGUGAUAACAUUAUCAAGGAAGUGCUCUCUCUACUGGGACUGCUGCUGUUUGGCAGUAUAUCCAAUGUACAGCCUAGUAUAGCUGACUAUUUCACUGGAACUCGUGAAGAAAAGUUUUUCUUGGCAGUCAGAGAACGAAUGCAGAUGUCAGCCAUCAACUACAGAGAAAAGCGCGCUCUCAUAGCCCAGCACCAGGCAUCACAGGAGCACAAAAUAGAGCAAUUUAAGACCCUGCUCCGUGCCACCAGGGUGGGAACACAAGUAAUGAACAUUGUGCAGGCUUCCAAUGCAUUCAGGUCAAAAUUAAGCAUGCAGUCCACUGGGAAAAAGAAGAGAGUGACGUCUGCAGCCAAACUCAAGGGCAGAUACAGCAGCCAGAGUCGGCUGGGAAGCAGAACCAGUCUGAAUCGCUCUCCAUCCCUCAUGGGUAGCACUGCGGCCAUGUUGGCUGGCUCAAAAAUGAACAAAGGCCUUCUUCCCCCUAUAGAGGGCGCUAACGGAGUAGAACUGAAGCAGAUGAAGAAGAAAGACGACAAGCAGCCAUUGUUGACUGGUAGCGGGAACAAGGUUGGCCCCGUUGGUGUUGAGUUGAAGGUGGAGGAUUUUGAUGACAACGAACUAGAAGCUUUGGCCAAGGAAGUGGGUAUAGAGGGAGCCACUGACCUGGACUAUAAAGAUGAGGGCUACAUUACACUGGUCCUCAAAGUACUGGGGGCCAUGUGCGAUGGUCAGUUUGCGGAUUUACAGGACUAUUUGAGAGAGCAGCCAGACAACAUAAAGACAGUAAACUUGGUGGGAGAAGUGACCAAAUUCCUGGGUCUUGUCUAUUCUUCCAUUACUAGUGAACACAUCAAGCUAGUGACAGCUCUCUUCAACACCCUGGUGGAAAUGACUUCUGGUAACGUGACCAACCAAGCCGUGGUGUUUGACAACAAAGUCUGUGAUUACAUCAACUUUAUUCUGCGUGCAGACCACUCCAAGUCCAUCACAGUUGAGGAGGACUUUGAGCUUGCAGACUGUAUAGUGAACCUCAUACUUGCCAUGAUAGAAGAGAAUCAUGGCAGCACGGUGGGAGAGUUUGGAGCCAAGAGGGUGGCAGGCAUUGCUAAGGAUGCCGUGGAGUCACUGGACACGGAGAGCAUCUUCAAAAUGGUGGUCAAGUACUACACUAUGUCCCUGGAUGAGGAGAGGUUUGAGGAGGAGGAAGAGAGGAAGAAGUAUGAGGAGCUUGGGUGUAAAUAUUUCCACACUCUUCUGAGGAUGGAGGAUUUGGAUAAGACUAUACAUCCUCAACGUCCACCAGUUGAGAAAGAAGUGAUCAGAACAGACGAGGACAGGGCUGCCUGGCAGUUCUACAAGGAGGGCACCAUGUCCAUUGAAAUAGUCAAGAAUGACAUGCUGCAGAAAGUCUACUUCAGGGUCAAGAACCAGAAAGUACUUCGUGGAGAAAUCAAGGAGAAGUUUAAAUAUGAAGUGGACCGUUCUUCUCCAACGAACAAACUUCGGGACUUCCUUGCCUGGUCACAGGAAAUCAGGAAAGACAUCAACUACCAGAAGAGGAUCUAUGACAAUCCUCUUGCCAGGUUCUUUGUCAUGUUCUGGACACCAGCCAAUUACAGCAUUAUAUUGAUGAGUUUCUUCUUUGCCAUAUUCACCCUUGUCACAUGGGUAGAGACAGGGGCACACAUUCUAAAUCAAAACACAUCAGAUGUCAUUGAUGACCCCACGCCCAAAUACAGGUACCCGUACUCAGAGGUGGGUCUGUAUGUGCUGGGUGGUCUCCACAACCUACUGGCUCUGUACAUCUUGGUCAGCUUCUUCAUCUCCAACAAACCAGUGUUCCCCAGGUGGUGCAGACCAAGGAGCGAUGAUGAUGAGGAGGAUGAAAGUGAUACUUCAAAGUCUGGUGCCAAAGAAGAAUCAAAGCUGGCUGUUCGCUUUUUUAGUUCAAAAACAUUUUAUUAUAUUAUCUUCUUUGUGUUGUCCGUCCUUGGUACAGUGUUCUAUGGCUACACCUUCAGCUUCCAUCUUCUCCACAUCGCUGCCAACAACCAGCUGCUGGCGCGGGUCAUGCAGGCCGUCACCAAAAAUGGCAUGUCUCUGAUACUUGUUGGUCUCUUGAUGGCCAUCAUCUUCUACAUAUAUGCACUGAUCUGUUUUGGGUUCUUUCGCCAUCUGUUUGAUAAUGCCAAUGGUUUGUUUUGCUCCACUGUGGGAGAGUGCUUUGUCACCAUAUUGCAUCGUGGGCUGAUUAUCAGUCUCUUUGAGGUUCUGGAGAACCCAGAUGUGAUAGGCGACAAAACAUUUGCAUACUUUGCUGUCAAGUCCCUGUUGGACCUGUCUUUCUUCAUCAUCAUCACCACCAUUGGUCUGAACAUUGUCUUUGGUAUCAUUGUGGAUACCUUCUCUGAGCUUAGGAAUAGCAAGUGGGAGAUUGAUAAUGACAUGACAACAGUAUGUUUUAUAUGUAGCAGAAGCAGUUAUGACUUUGAGCAUCAAGCAUCGGGAUUUGAGUGUCAUGUGAAAAAAGAACACAACCAGUAUGCGUACCUGUUCUUCUUCAUUCACCUUCACGAGAAACAAAGGAAUGACUACACUUCACUGGAGCUGUAUGUCUGGAAGAAGUAUGUGGAAGAGGAUCUGACAUUCUUCCCGACCAACCGUGCUCUUAGUUUACAACAGGAGGAGAAUAGAAAUGAGGCCAUCUUGGAACAGAUGCAAGCGCAGGUCACGUACAUCGUCAGCAAGAUGCAAGAAGAGGAGGCCAACAAACAGAGACUGAUAGAAAAGAAGCAGCAACAACAAUUUCUCCAACAAGAGAAAGCAGAGGUCAGGAGGACAGAAGAACUGUAAUUAAAACAACGAUAACAAGAAAGCAAUAAUUACAACGAUCAAAUGAAGAAACAUAUGACAGAUGAAAGAGAAGUUACUUGUCAGUGCCAAAAUGUGUUUAGACAAACCCUUCAGGGUGACAUGGGUAACAUGGUCUUCAAAUCUACUGGCCCAAAGCAGAGACAGUGGCUAGAAACUUAU